AUGGAAUCACAAUCACUGUAUGCAAAGGUGUCUAAAUGUGAAUUCAGAAUGACUAAAAUUUUGUAUUUAGGACAUAUGAUCAGUGCCACAGGGGUACAAGUUCAUCAAGAAAAGAUAAGAGCCAUUUUGGAUUGGCCACCACCACAGAACCUUACAGAAUUAAGGGGAUUCUUUGGUUUAUGUAGUUAUUAUAGGAGGUUUGUCAAAGAAUUUCCACAGCUUGGGGCACCCUUGACAGAUCUUACCAAAAAGGGGGCAUUUAGAUGGAUGGGGGAAGCUCAACAAGUAUAUGAGAAACUAAAAGAGGUAAUGAGUUCUUGUCCAGUACUUGCUCUUCCAUAUUUUAAUGAGCCUUUUGUGUUGGAAUGUGAUGCUUCUGGUAUCGAGUUAAAUCAUAGCACGAGUUAUCAUCCACAAACAGAUGGACAGACAGAAAUAGUGAACAAGUGGAUUGAGGGUUACCUUCGUAAUUAUGUGUCUGGGCAACAGAAAGCAUGGGUUCAUUGGCUAUAUUUGGGUGAAUACUGCUAUAACACUACUUAUCAUAUCUCUAUCGGUAUGACUCCUUUUAAAGCACUAUAUGGGUAUGAUACACCUUCUUUUAUUGAUUUGGCUUUUGAUCAGAGUAAUGUUCCCAAAUCUCAUGACAUGCUCCAGGAAUGCCAAGAUAUAUUGAAAGCACUUAAGGAAAAUUUGCAAUAUGCUUAG